AUGAGUGACAACGAUACAAACGUUAAACAGUGGAAAGUUAGAAGACUGAUAGCAACAUUAGAAGCUGCUAGGGGAAAUGGUACUUCUAUGAUUUCUUUGGUUAUUAAACCAAAGGAUGAAAUAUCAAGAAUUUCAAAAAUGCUUGCUGAUGAGUAUGGUACAGCUUCAAACAUUAAAAGUAGGGUAAAUAGACUUUCAGUUUUAUCGGCAAUUACGAGUACUCAACAACGUCUAAAGUUAUAUAAUAGGACUCCUCCAAACGGCCUAGUAGUUUAUUGUGGAACCUUAAUCACUGAGGAUGGAAAAGAAAAGAAAGUAAAUAUUGAUUUUGAGCCAUUUAAACCAAUUAAUACGUCUCUUUAUUUAUGUGACAAUAAAUUCCAUGUUGAUGCACUUAAAGAGUUGCUAGAGACUGAUGAUAAGUUUGGAUUUAUUAUUGUUGAUGGUAAUGGUGCCUUAUAUGGUGUAGUUCAAGGCAGUUCAAGAGAAGUUUUACUCAGAUUUAAUGUAGAUUUACCAAAGAAGCAUGGUCGCGGUGGUCAAUCAGCAUUACGUUUUGCUCGUUUAAGAAUGGAAAAGCGUCACAACUAUUUGAGAAAAGUUGCUGAAACUGCAACUUCUAUGUUCAUUACUAAUGAUCAAGUUAAUGUUGCAGCUUUGAUUUUGGCUGGAAGUGCUGAUUUUAAGAAUGAGUUGGCCCAAAGUGAUAUUUUUGAUCAGAGAUUAGCAAGCAAAAUUUUAAAGAUUGUUGAUGUUUCAUAUGGAGGUGACAAUGGCUUCAAUCAAGCAAUUGAGCUCUCCGCUGAUGCACUCCAAAAUGUCAAGUUUGUUCAGGAAAAGAAGCUUAUCACUAAAUUCUUUGAUGAAGUUGCUCAGGAUACUGGAAAGUACGUAUAUGGUAUUAAUGAAACUCUUCAAGCCUUGGAAAUGGGAGCAAUUGAACUUUUGAUUGUAUGGGAAAAUUUGGAAACUAAAAGAAUGGUCGUAAAAAAUCCAUCCACUGGAGAAGAAAAAGUAUUUUUAAGCAGCCCGUCUGAACAACAUGAUGAAUCCAAAUUUAAAGAUCCAGAUACUGGAGCAGAGCUUGAUGUAAUUGAAGUACUUCCUUUGACUGAGUGGCUUGUAAAUACAUAUCAAAACUACGGAGCUCAAUUGGAAUUUGUUACAAACAAGUCUCAAGAAGGCAAUCAAUUCCAAAAAGGAUUUGGAGGCUUUGGUGGUAUUUUGAGAUACAAAGUGGACUUCCAGGAUUAUGCCGUGGUUGAGGAUGAUUUAGAUGAAUUUAUCUAA